CCAGAAGGCGGAAAUUUUGAACAAUUUUUGUUUUGUUUUGAGGGCUGAAUUUUUAUUUUUCUUUAAAAUGAGUGAGGAGAAUGAAUGGGAACUCAGUAAAGAAAAUGUGCAACCCAUCCGUCAAGGAAGACACUUUUCAAAUCUUUCAGCUUCUCUGCAGUCAUCGGAAGACCAACUGGCUCAGUUAAGAAAAGAGAAACAACAAUUUGAAGAUGAGCUUAGAACGUACAGUGGAGAAGAUCCCUUGGAAGUUUGGUAUAGAUAUUUGGUCUGGACAGAACAGAAUUGUGUUAAAGGUGGUAAAGAAAACAACCUUGAAAAAUUAUUAGAGAAUUAUCUGAAACAGUUUACAGAAGAGAAAAGAUAUCAUAAUGACCCUCGAUAUGUUUCAGCAUGGAUUCGAUACGCAAAUAUGUGUAAAGAUCCUUCAGACAUAUUUAAUUAUAUGUUUGAUCAGAAGAUUGGAAAUGAACUUAGCUGUUUCUAUGAAUCAUGGGCUUGGAUUCUGGAACAGAUGGGAAAUACAAAGAAAGCCAAUCUAAUAUACCAAGAGGGAAUUAAAAGAAGAGCAGAACCUUUGGACCUUCUUGAAAGAAAAUAUAACAACUUUCAAAUGAGGGUAGCAAGAGGCCUAGCCGGUAAAAUAAUGGAUGAUGCACCAGAAGAAUCAGUUGAAAAAAGGGCAGCACUUGGGCAGCUCAAAACAAUGAGUAGAAAAGUUCCAAUCAAUAGAGCAGAUGCCACAGCACUAAAACCCAGAGGCCUUGGUCUGCAGUCGGUGAAACCAGCACAGGUUGGACAGUCAUUUCAAAUAUUUAAUGAUGAGAAUCAAGACCCAUCAUUGCCAGGGCAACAAGGGGACUGGUCUGAUGUUCCUACUAAAGCUGCUGUUAAUAAAGAAAAUGAAAGAAAAGCGGGAGUAUGGACCAAAGCUAAGAUACCAUGUAAGACAGUGGCACCUCCACCAACACCAUCCUUUACACCGUUUAUUGAUGAGAAUGCUGAUCAACCAAUGGCGACACCAAGGAAGUUACCUGAAGUUGGAAAUCAGGUUUUAAGUGCUCGUAAACCUCUAAAACAUACUGACAACUUACACAAUUUAAGACAUGAAACAAAUGAUCCUAACCAACAACCUAUGUAUGCUAAAGAUAAGGUGUAUUGUGGAGCUGAAGAGUAUUCAUUUGAAGAAAUUAGAGCAGCUAAAUGGUUUUCCAAAAAGAAAAAAGAAGAAGACAAAAGAAGAUUAGAGGAAGAACAACAAUUGAUUGAUGAACAGAGGGAGCAGUUAAGACGUAACCAACUGAUGCUACAACAGGAGGCAGAACAGUUUAGAAUGCGUCAGCAAACGUUACAACAGGAACAUCAGGCUAUCCUAGAGCAAUGUAAAUCAGAAAUACAAAGACAACAGGAGGAAUUCAAAAGAGAAAGAGAAAUGAUGAUGCAAAGACAGAAGGAAAUACUUGAAAAAGAAAUAGAAGACAGAAUGAAUGCCGGUUUGGCAGCAGCUGGUGGUAGUGGAAAUAGGGAGAAAAGCAGCUCAAAACAGUUAAACUUUGUCGAAAUGAAUGAAUCUUCAUCAAGACCAACACAGAACAGCAUAUUACAGACACAGAGUCCCCUUGAUACAUUGUCCAAGAUGCCAUUAAAUUGUCUGAGUGAUAUGACUGACACUAAAGUUUCUCCUUCUGUCUCUCAUGGUAAUCGGGAGAACGCUUUAGAAAGGCCAUCUCAACAGUGUACAGUACCAAGUAUUUCAUUACAGACGGAAAAACCUACCUUACCUCAGGUUUUCCAGCCAAGAAGUAAUCAAGAUUAUUCUUCAGUGAAACCUGUCGAGGAGGUCCAUCCAGCACAGGGUCAUCUUAGCUUGUCAGAGGUUCAAAAUAACAGUUACAGAACACCUAUAAACAAAUCACUGGCUAUGAGUACUGCAGGAGGUAGAAAUAGUGGUGGCAGACAGAGUUUAUCUGAACCUUCCCCUACAGUAAACACAAAAGAAGCCAUGCAGUUAGUGAUGGGAAUGUUUAAUGCAUCACUAGCAAUCGAUGCUAAUCUUGGAUGGGAAGAUGAUGAUGACAAUAUGGUCACAGCACCUCCAGUAUCACAGCCUCCAGUUUCCAAUGCUCCAUUUACAAUAUUUACUGAUGACCAAAUGGAUACUGGUGAGAGGAAUGAAAAUGCUGUAAACAGGUUAUCAAAUAAAUCAACAGACUUUAUUGGUCAAAGGAAGAAGGGUUUAAACCGAGGUGGACUUCAGUCUGUUAGUAAAGACAACUUUGAGACAAUGGAGUAUGAAGGUAAGAUGGAAGCAAUUGAGUCCCAGGCCAGGGAUGAUAUAACCAUAUGUCCAAUUGGUACAAACCAAAGCUUUGCUGCUGCAGCUAGGGUAGCAUCUACACCAUUCAACAGAGAUAAACCAUUAGAUUCUCUCAGUGAUGUUUCUCGUAUCUCUAGUCAUUCUGAUGCUAAAAGUUCUUUACAGAUUUACACAGACAGUCAUCUUCAUACAUCAAAGGAGGAAAUCAAGGAUCUUAGCCCUAUCAUGGAAGGCAGUAAUGAAGAAUCAUCGGGAAAUCAUGGACAGUCUACUGUUAAUAGUGUUUUCAAAUCUCACAAUUCACAUGUUGCCAUGGAAACAGACUUUUGUGACAUACCAAAAUUUGAAGACUUAAACCAGUCAACACAUGUGAUAGAUAUUACAAAAUAUACUCCAUCACCUUCAGUUCACCUGCAAACUAAACCUAGGAAUCCAUUUGAUGAAAAUGACAUUGAUAAAUUUUUGCACACAUUAUCACCACCUUUGGAAUCAACGUCUAAUUAUUAUGAAAGGGAUGAACUCUUACCAGAAAUCAGAGUUGCUAAUAUGAUUGAUUUAGGGCAGGAUACAUUUAUUGCUGAAGAACUGGUUGGGAAAGGUGGCUAUGCUAAAGUAUACAAGGUCUCAAGUUAUGAUUAUCUUAAUGAAGAUGGUGAGGACAGUGUAGAAACAUUGGCUUUAAAGGUUCAGUCACCACCUUGUCCUUGGGAGUUUUAUAUAUGUAAUGAAUUACAAAACAGAUUAACACAGAUGAAUAAUCCUAUUGAUAUUAAACCUGCCAUGAUGAAUGCUAAGAAAGGAUACUUUUUCAACAAUUGUAGCUGUAUUCUGACAGAUUACCAUGCACAAGGAACCCUUUUGGAUCUUGUAAACAAACUGACCAAGUCCAACAGCACUGUAGGUGAAGCCUUAGCUAUGUAUGUUACCAUAGAGAUGUUAUAUAUGAUUGAAUACCUACACAAGUGUCAGAUUAUCCAUGGUGAUGUGAAACCAGAUAACUUCUUACUAAUUGAUAUACCCAAGCUGAAAAGCAGUACUGAUCCAACAGUUGUUUUUGGUGGAGGUAGCCGUUGUAUGCAGCUGAUAGACUUCGGACAAAGUAUUGACAUGUCUAAAUAUCCAAAAGGUACAACAUUCAUGGCUAAAGUAAAGACUUCUGGUUUCCAGUGCAUAGAAAUGCAGACCGAUAGGCCAUGGACAUACCAGACUGACUUAUUUGGUUUAGUUGGUACAAUCCAUGUGUUAGUGUUCAGGAAAUAUAUGCAGGUUUAUCAAAGCUACGGAGAGUGGAAAAUUACCUCUAGUCUUGUCAGAUCAUGGAAUGUACCAUUGUGGAAGAAGUUGUUCCAUGAAUGUUUGAACAUACCUAGCUGUGAUCAGAUUCCAGACAUUUCAUUGAUUAGAAAGGAGUUUGAGGAGUACUUUUGCAAUAAUUUGUUGGAAAAAUAUAAUAGUAUACAAAAUGCUCUUUCCUUCCAGUUAGUGAAGUAGAACUAAAUGUUGCAUAAGCUCAUGGAUCAGCAUUUAAAUUUUGGGUUAUCCAAAAGCAAGUAGCACUUUUUUGUAUAUUUUUCUGGUAAUUGAAUUUAAUAGAAAAUAAGAAAACCCUGUUAGCUUAUUUAAUUCUGUUAACUUGUUGUAUCUGUCUCCAACUCUAUAAAAUUGUUUAAUAGAAGGAAUAUAAUGUAUUAAUGUCAUUUAGGGUAAAAAAAAUAUUUUUACAAAACCACUGUAAAAAGUAGUCAAAAUAGUGUUGAUUAUAGAAUUAAAUCAAAACCAUAUUAAAACAUGAUAUCUUGGCUAAUUGUUUACUUUAAUAAAUAUAAGGCAGUAUAAGCUCCUGCUUUUUAGCUCACCUGGCCCAAAAGGGCAAAGUGAGCUUUUCUCAUCACUUGGCGUCCAUCAUUCGUCGUCAUCAUCCGUUAACUUUUACAAAAAUCUUCUCAUCGGAAACUACUGGGCCAAAUAAAACCAAACUUGGCCUAAAUCAUCCUUAGGGUAUCUAGUUUUAAAAAUGUAUCCAAUGACCACGUCCAUCAACCAAGAUGGCCGCUAUGGCUUAAAAUAGAACAUGGGGGUAAAAUGCAGCUUUUGGCUUAUAUCUUUGAAACUAAAGCAUUAAGAGUAAAUCUGACAUGGGGGUAAUAAUGUUCAUCAGGUCAAGAUCUAUCUGCCCUGAAAUUUUCAGACACAUCAGACAACCCGUUGUUGGGUUGCUGCCCCUGAAUUGGUAAUUUUAAGGAAAUUUUAUAGUUUUUGGUUAUUAUCUUGAAUAUUAUAAUAGAUAGAGAUAAACUGUAAACAGCAAAGUAAGAUCUACAAAUAAGUCAAAAUGACCAAAAUUGUCAAUUGACCCAUAAAGAGUAAUUGCCCUUUAAAGUCAAUUUUUCACAAUUUUCGUAAAUUUUUGUAAUCUUUUACAAAAAUCUUCUCCUCUGAAACUACUGGGGCAAAUUAAACCAAACUCGGCCUAAAUCAUCCUUAGGGUAUCUAGUUUAAAAAAUGUAUCUGAUGACCCCGCCCAUCAACAAAGAUGGCCGCCAUGGCUAAAAUAGAAUAUGGGGUAAAAUGCAGUUUUUGGCUAAAAUCUCUGAAACCAAAGCAUUUAGAGCAAAUCUGACAUGGGGGUAAAAUUGUUCAUCAGGUCAAGAUCUAUCUGCCCUGAAAUUUUCAGACGCAUCAGACAACCCGUUGUUGAGUUGCUGCCCCUGAAUUGGUAAUUUUAAGGAAAUUUUGCAGUUUUUGGUUAUUAUCUUAAAUAUUAUAAUAGAUAGAGAUAAACUGUAAACAGCAAAGUAAGAUCUACAAAUAAGUCAACAUGACCAAAAUUGUCAAUUGACCCCAUAAAGAGUUAUUGCCCUUUAAAGUCAAUUUUUAACAAUUUUUCGUAAAUUUUUGUAAUCUUUUACUAAAAUCUUCUCCUCUGAAACUACUGGGCCAAAUUAAACCAAACUUAACCUAAAUCAUCCUUAGGGUAUCUAGUUUCAAAAAUGUAUCCGAUGACCCCGUCCAUCAACCAACAUGGCCGACAUGGCUAAAAUUAGAUCAUAGAGCUAAAAUGCAAGUUUUGUCUAUUAUUUUGUGAACCAUUAUAAAUAGAGAAAAUCUGAAAGGAGCAAAAAUGUUCAAAAUGAUGAGCUCUACCAAUUGUCCAUAUACGUCAAAACUGUCAGACAAAUUCUUAUAGGAUUUAUUGCCCAUAAAUGACAAAUUUACCUUUUUUUUUCAUUUUUGCCUAUUAUUAUGAAAACUAUGAUAUUUAGAGAGAAACAUUUUUUUCCCGUUAUGCCUUAUAUGAUUUAAAUUGUAAUAGAUAAAUAAACAUUUUAAAUCACAAAAAUGAUCAGCAAGGCAACAUCUGUUAAAAAGUCAAAUUUUGCUGAUAUAGUUAGUAGACUGUCACUCUUCAUAGGAGUGAUUGCUUUUCAAUAAGGUUUUUUUUACCCUCUUUUGCUUUUGUGUUUUGAGCAAAAACUAAAGAAGAUAGAGAGAAACUAAACAGACUAAAAGAUCAGUAAUACAAGAUCAACAAAAUAGAGAUUUUUGUCAUGAAGUCUAUUCUCGUCUACCAAGGUGAGUGACACAGGCUCUUUAGAGCCUCUAGUUGAACUGCUAUGAACAGAAGCUGGGUCAAUAUAAAAAUAAGGAGAUUUUCUGUUUCAGAUCUUGUUUAUAGAGACAGAAUAUGUGUAUAAAUGUAAUACAAAACUAGUUGAUUAUGUAAUCUGUAAUAAAGUUAGUCAGAAAACUAGAAUAUGUUUUUGAAUGAAAUUAUGACUGCUUACUAGCACUAGGAAAGAUAUGAGAGACAAUAUAAACAAAACUUUAACAUAUUUUCUAUGAAAGUUAUGCAUAUUUUGUUUCAUAAUCAUCAUUGUUCUGUAUCGAUUUUUUUUUAAUGAUUGUGUUAUUGGAUAUUUUUCUAGACAAUGGUGGAAAUUAACAUAUACCAAUUCUGUGUUCAAUAUGUCAUAUUUGCUUCAAUGUGUUCAAAUAAAUGUAAUAAUAAUGAAAUAUGUGUGUAUAUUUUCUCAUUGUUAAUGUGAAAAAUGUAUCUCUGUAAAUAAUUUCUAUUAUAUAUAUAAUGUUUAUACAUAUGUAUGAUUUUUGUUUGAGAGUAAGUGCUUUAUUUUCUAAAACUAUAUUCUUCACUAGCUCUUUUUAUGUUACUAGUUUAAGGUUUAACCAAAGAAUAUUGUUCUGAAAUUCAGUUUGUUAUUUGAUUGUCUUGCUUAUCAUACCUUCAUCUUCACCCAAAACCUUUGAUACAAUUUCAUAGAAUUUAAAGAACUGUAAAAGUAAUGUGCACCUCCAAUUACACAUUUUGAUGUAAAUGAGUUUUGUGGUUUCUAUUAGCAAUUCAACAGUAAAGUUUUGAUUACAUGUUUAGAUAGAUAUAAUUUUUUAAGCAACGAAUGAAAAGUUAAUUAUAUACCAAUAUGUAGACUGUACGUGAAUCUCCUUUCAUUAGAAUGUUUCUAAGAUUCUAUUUCCUAAACUUCAUAAGAUUGUUAGAUUUUUUUAGGGUUUUACUCUAGUCGCUACUGGAUAUACUAGUCUAAACUAAUUAAACUUGACUGGCAAGAAUAUUAUUUCUACUUACAGAUUAUUUGACCUCAUCAUAGUUCAGAAAAUUUCAAUUAGAAUGCUUCAGAUUGAACCAAUAAAAAAAAAAUAUCAGUAUCAAGAGAAUGAAUAGUUGUAACAUCUAAAUGUUGGUACAUGUAUAAAAUUAUAUAUUUUCUUUAUAUCUGACCUUAUCUUUUUUCUGCUUCUAUUCAUAUUCAAUGUUUACAUAACCUUUUUACAGAGAAAUAAACAUGUAUAUAAACUG